AUGGCCGACGAUACAACAGAAUAUACAGAGUCGAAUAUUUGGCAAUCUCCUUCGCAGGAAGAUGGCCCACCGACAUCUCGCCCAAGGACUCCUAGAACCCCAAAGACCCCCAAAACACCGACACAAGAGCGCCCAGAGCCCCUAGACCGUGAAGCCGCACUACGCAAGGAGCUUGAAGGUGUCCGGAAUAUCAAUGAGUCCCUUGAGGGCGUCAUAUCCACUCUAGAGCGCGCAGGGGGCAACAUGAAUACCGUUUUGAGCACAGUCAACAACGCUUCUGUUCUACUCAACACCUGGACGCGGAUAUUAUCCCAGACCGAGCAUAAUCAGCGAUUGUUAUUGGACCCUGGAUGGAAAGGCGCAACGGAAGAUAUGGCCGAGCAAGAAGCGGAGGCUAUUCAGAAACAGCAGGCCGCUGAACGGAAAGCUGCGGAAGAGGAAGAAAGACGCGAACAAUUGCGACAGCGUCGUGAAGAAGAAGAGGAGAGGCGAAGACUGGCAGCGUCCGCGCCUGCACGAGGAACAAGAGGAACCCGAGGAGUUAGAGGCACCACUCGGGCACGUGGUACUGCGAGGGCUGGGAGCUCAACUGCCAGUUCUACAAGCAGAACAUCGAGCAUACCAAGUCGUGGAACCUUUAACAUCGGUCGAGGGUUUGGUGCGCGCCGAGCUAGAGGGACAUCAUGA